GAUGUCAUCACGAGCAGUGCACGGGAACCAGGAAGCCUGCGGCUCAGAUGAUGGCUGCAGCCAGCAAGAGCGGCGAGUUGCAUCCGUGCAAGAGGGUCUGUUGAAUGUGCAGGCAUGUUUCAGUGUCAAGUUUCCACUGGGUUAUUGGGAACAAGGUUUUAUAGAUGGAUUCCCACAAAGAAGCCCAGCCGAAAGGAGACUUUGAAUGCCAACUAUGUGGGCUAACAGCCCCAUACAGCUAUUAUGGGCAGAAACCCCCAAAUACUCAUUCUGUUGUCCUCCUGGAAGAAAGCUAUGUCAUGAAAGAUCCUUUCAUCCCUGACAAGGACAAAUUCCUUAUCCUUGGAUCUCAGUGCAGUUUGUGUAACAGACGGGUGUGUGUGGGCACAGAAUGUAGUCUUUUCUACUCAAAAAGGUUCUGCCUCCCCUGCGUUAAUGAAAACCUACGGGAGUUUCCUUUGGAAAUACGACAAGACUUGGAGAAAAGGAAGUCUCAUUCAAAAUCCCACCCCUCCAAAAAAGCAGAUGCAAGAACUUAAAUUAAAAGCAACUGGAAGAGACACCA